AUGUUGACAGCCGUGGGGGCGCACAACCUCACUGGACAGUGCGACUGGUUCAGCGAGGAGAACCUAACCGAGCCGCGCGUAACCGAGCGGCUGGACCCAGCCGGCUGCCUCUUUCUAUCCAUACUGCCCCAUGGCCAGGCAGUUCCGGCGCUGACCGUCACUUUCGGCCCGGCGGUCAUCCACUCACUCGUCCAACGCCGGACGAUGGCGUUCAGCGCCUGGUGUAACGUCCAGUACUUUGUGGGGACCGUCAGCAUCUUCUCCAGCCUUCUCACCAUCACGAGCAUGGCACUGGAGCGCUACGUGUACGUGUGCCACGCCAUCCACUACUUGGUCAUCCUCACUCAAAUGCGCCGGCGGCUGGCCUUGGCCCUCAUCUGGAUCUACUCCAUCUCCCUCGGCACCAUCAACGUGAUGUUGUUGCACAUGAGAGGGCAAAAUAAUGAGCAGGUCACCCGUGGGCUACUGUGCGAGCCGGACAUGGUGGAGCAACACAUGGGCUUCCCCCGUGCCUCUGCCGUCUUUCGCAAAUGUGUGGGCUCCAUCACGCUGCUGGUCUGCCUGCUGGUCUACGCGUUCUCCUACCUGAGGAUGUACCAGGACGCGCGCAACGCGAGGAUGCCGUUCAACACGGUCAACACCAAAGCGCGCAGGACCGUGUUGUUCUACUGCGGGAUGCUUCUCCUGCAGCUGCUACCGCUGCUGCUCAAAGUCGCCUCGGACGCGCUGUGGAAGGUGGAGGGCACCGCGGCCAAGGUGGCGCUGCCGGAACCUAUCCCCUCGGACACGGCGGUCGUGCUCCACAUGUCGUUGUUGGUAAUGCUUUUAGUGCCACCGCUCAUCAACCCGGUGGUCUACAGGCUGAGAAACGCGGAGAUGAGGCGGGCGAUGCACAGCCUGUUCCGGUGGAGGAUGGCGUGGAGGGGCGCGGAUGCGCGCUUGGAGGCGGAGAUGAGACUUGGAUACAUUGUGCCUCACAACUGA